AUGGACAAACUCACCGGGAAAAAUUUGACGGUGGUGAACAGCUCCUUAAACAGGUGGUCCUUCAACGACGGUGGCUCCUUCCAGCAUCUGGACCCCGACGAGCUGAGGGUGCUUGUGCCGUCCAUCUUGGGCAUCAUUUGCGUGCUGGGCGUCACUUGUAACCUCACCGCCGUGGCCAUCAUGUUCGCCAACGCUCACAAGGGCAAACUGUCCCUUAUCAACUCGCUCAUCUUCAACCUGAUAUUCGCAGACGGCCUGGUGCUGCUCUUCAGCAUCCCCUUCCGUGCCGCCUCCUUCUCCAAGGCCGGCUGGACCCUGGGCUGGGCGGUGUGCAAGACGUCCGACUGGUUCCUUCACUCCUGCAUGGCAGCCAAGAGUUUUACCAUGGCUGUGAUGGCCAAAGCCUGCUACCGCUAUGUGUCCAACCCCACCAAGCAGGUCAGCAUCCACCUGGGCUCCAUCCUGGUGGUGCUCCUUUUCAUCUGGCUGUCGGCGUGCACCGUCACCAUCCCUCACUGGCUCUUCUCCACCUUACGGCGAGGGCUUCACGGGCUCAUGUGUGUGCUUGUGGUUCCCACUGAAGCGUGGGAUUUCAUGUCCGUGUACACCAAGGCAUACCCACUAGGGGUGUACUGUGCCCCCCUCAGCUUUGCCCUCGUGUACUUCUGGAAGGCGUACGGCCAGUGCCAACGACGCUCCAGUAAGACUCAGAAUCUGCACACACAGAUCAGGUCCAGGAAGCUCACCUUGAUGCUCUUCAAUCUCAUCAUCGCCACGGCUAUCCUCUGGCUUCCGCAGUGGGUGGUGUGGAUCUGGGAGCGCCACUCAGCAGCAUCAGGAGGAUCUCAGACUUUUGUCUCAUCCCCUCCUCUUCUCAUCUCCCUCUGCGCUCAGCUGCUCACCUUCUCCCUGUCGCUCAUCGACCCUCUCAUCGUGCUCUCCCUCUCCGAGGAGUUCAGAGAGGGUUACCGCGGGCUGUGGCGGCGCCUCACCCUGCGCAAACAACCUCCUGCAAAGCCCAAACUCGGACCUCACACACCCACUUCCCUCCAGUCGCCAUGCCCCAGACCGGAGACCUCGGGCCAGGCAAGGGCGGAGAGGAGCCCAGAACCAUUAAGCACAGAGCCGGGAACCAGCAGAGAUGCUCAGCUGGAGCAGAGCACCGCAGGGAACAAAGAAGUGGACAAGGAUGGGAUGGUCUUACCUGAUGUGGAGCAGUUCUGGCACGAGAGGGAGACGGGAUCGCAUUUGGAGGAGAACGACCCUGUGCCGUGGGAGCACCAGGACGACCGGGAGAGAAAUAAUUAA